AUGGUCUCAGUAAAGACAGGACUGUGGUACGACUACUCUGAGCCCAGAGUUCUGGACGCCACCAUAACACUCCCUCUUGAGUAUGGAACUCUUCUCCUCUCAGCCCUGACCGUGAUGGUCGGCUUCGCAGGCGCCAGCUUCUGGAAUAUCCUCGCCUUCACCUUGCACAGCCGCAGGAUUAGCGGAAACCAUGCCCUCGCCAUUGAGCUCCAGCAGCAAGUCAGCUUACGAAAUACCUCUGGUUCCGCCGGUACCAUGUGGCAGGCCUUUAAGCUGCAUCGCGCUUGGAAGAGUCGUGUGUCCAAGCUUUGGCGGCGCACCCUCGGCUUCUUCCUCCCGGCGGCUAUUAUCUGGGCAGGUUUCACAACGGCUGGCAUUUUCACUUCGAGAGUUGCCAACAAGAGCUACAGCAGCACUAUUGCCCGUGCCAAGCCCAAUCUCUGUGGGACUUUAGACUUCGACUCAAGCAGUCCGCAGGCCCAGAAUGCGUACAACGCCAAGGCCACCCGUGAUACUAUCGAGGCCAGGACUUAUAUGACCAAGUUCUACUUCAACACAUCCAGCGCGGCCACCACGCGCCCCUUGUUUGUCCGGCCAACGCUUCCCUAUAGCGUUAACAACCAUGCACCUUGUCCCAUACCUGAUACCUCUCGCUGUAUUCUUGGGAAUAACGGGGCCUUCGCCAUGGCUACCGCGCACUUGGACUCACACGAGAUGCUUGGAAUCAACGCUAAGCCACAUAAUCGCAUCACCGUCCAGAUUAAUGCCACGUGCUCUCCGAUUGACACGACAGGGCUUACACGAACAACCAACGAUGGAAUACAUACUUAUCGAUACUAUGAUCUUGGGCCCAUUCCUGGGCUCCGUAAUUAUACUUAUCCAUACGACCUCCUCACUGCUAAUAUGAAUGUUCCAUAUCUACUCACGCCGGUAUUUGCCUCAGCAGGCGUUAAGGGAUCAUGGGUUCCCAGUCCCAGCUUCAACAGAACCGACGCCGACGUCUCGGUUUACUUUCUCAGCCAGAACAGCCUCGUUUACCUGGAGCCGGUAAACGACCCAUGGUUCCUGGCCAAUGGCGCAUACCAAGAAACCAUCCAGGGUGAGAAUCUGAAUAGGCCAAAUCACUAUGUAAACACCAUGCUAUGUACGGAUCAGUUCGUCUACUGCAACCCGACCACGGGCGUCUGCACUCCUCCUGCCGGGAUCAAUGCAGCUAUGUCUUACAUUGAUCAGAAUACUCCCGGCUUUAACCCGACACAGAAGAUUACAGCUAGUCGUAUCAACGCCGCUUUGGUCAACUCCAACACGUAUAAUAGCGUCAUCAACCUUGGAGCCAGCGCCCUCUUCGCCAGCAGCCUUGUUCUCGGCCUGAUCUCCAGUGGCCUUCCCGACGAUCAGUGGCGCUCUGAAACACUCGGCUGGUUCCAGACGAGUCUGGCAAAACUGCAGGCGUAUAUAAUCGAGUUCGCAUUCAAAGAUGCUGGAAGCCUUGGUCCAUAUGCUACUGUCACUUCGCCACAAAACCUCAAGGCGACCAACUCCGAGGAGGCGGCCGAGGCUUCGGCUUUGCAAGACCAGUGCAAGAAUCAACUCGUGCAGGUGGCUGCAGAGGUACAGAACUUCAGCUUCCUGGGCGUCAUGAUCAUCGCAUGCAUGACGGUCUUCCUGGUGAUACUGGACUGGACACUGGAAAAUAUCGUGGACCUGGCAAAUCGCCAUAUCCGGGGAAAAGAUCCGAAUGGGGCAGCGGCAAGACAGGCAGACAACUCGUGGCACCUACUCCGCAUGGCCAUCGGAGAUCCGCCCCGGAGAGGGAGUGGAAAUGAGGAUGGAAAUUUGGAGGUCUGGACGAUGGGACGGUGGAAUGUGCCUGUGCUUCCACAUGGGGCUGGGGGGUUUGAUCGGGCGCGGUGUGGGAAUGCACCGGUAGACUUGGCACGAUAUGUCAGAGGUCAAAGGGAUCAGUCAAGAAGAGUGACGAAGAUAGCAGCUUAG